GCUUGUUUCUGUCUUUCAAAUAGCAGCAAGUGCGCUACAAGUAUUAUGAAUGUUGAGUUGGUUUUAUUGAAUUUUUGGUAUAAUUACAAACUUAAUUACAUAUUUUAAGUGCAAUAGAACAAUGCCCAGGUGUUUCCUGUACUCCGUAAGGCAGCUCUACGAUGAUUUCAUACAUGAUUUUGCUCAUAUAUCGCCUCAAACAGAAACAAAACCUCGGACCACGAAACUAAACCUCAAACGACAGAAGAAUCUACUGAAAAAUACAGAGACAAUAUACCAUGACAAGGUGCCUAUAUGCAAUAGGUUUUACCUGCAACUUCUAAAGCGAAGUCAAUUCGUGCAAAGCUUCGUCGAUGCUGAAUGCUAUGAUUUCGCUGCCGAGUCCGAAAAGCCUGUUACAUCCCCUGUAUUCAAAAAAGGACUUAUUAAGAAGGAGGAUAAGACGUACAAUUUAAGAUCUAAUGAAUCGAAGACUAGAAAGUAUUAUGAGAAACCUAGAGCGCGCAAAGCUAGGAGCUGUGAUGGGAAGUUGCAUGAAGUGAAAAAAAAUAUUGCCAAUACUGGAACAGAGCCACUAAAGAAGAUAGAGGAUAUGAAGAAACGCAAGCCGAAAAUACCUCUAGAACCCAUCAUCGAGGAAAUAAAGAACAGAGAUCCAUUAAAAUAUUUCAACAAGGGCGGCUCUGAAAUAGACAAAAUCGCUGAGAAACUAAAGAGUCUCGCCAAGAAGACUGUGGAAGAUAAACUUGACAAAGAACUGCUGACUUGCAGCGAAUCGUUUGAAUGGCAGCAGGCCGAUAAGGAAAACAAAGCUUUAAAGAAUAAUGCUGAUGUCAAAAAAGAAGUCUCGGAGCCUAUUUGGCCGGAGACGCGCAGGCCGGCGCGCACCACCCACACGUGCUCGUACUGCGGGAAGGGUUUCGACAGACCCUGGGUCCUCAAAGGCCACCUCCGUCUGCAUACAGGGGAACGACCAUUCCCCUGCCCUCAUCCGCACUGCGGCAGGACUUUUGCUGACCGUUCAAACCUGCGCGCGCACCAGCGCACUCGCGGGCACCACUCGUGGCAGUGGCGCUGCCCCGAGUGCGGCAAGGCGUUCAGCCAGCGGCGGUACCUCGAGCGGCACCGCGCAGACGCAUGCAGGAAGUACAAACAACAUUCUAGAAAUUCCAAGUGCAAUGAAGCAAAGAACAUCCCCGAGGCUCCCCCAGUACCUCUAUACGGGAUCAUUCGCCAUAAUGAGGUGAAAUCUCCGCCACAAGAAGCGAAGACUGAUUGUCAAGACGGCCCUAUAGAUCUAUCUUGUAAGAAAAAUAAUUAGAUAUUUUGUUUUAGGUAUGUAUAGUAAUAAAGGUAUGAUUUUAUAUUGAA